UUCUGAUUGUGGUGAUUUGAAGGAGUCAAGAUACAAAAGUGGGGUCUAUAAAAAUUUAUCCUGAUAGAUCUUCCGGCUUUUACGUCUUUUGUGAUAUGGAAAGUUACGGAGGAGGUUGGACGGUAUUUCAACGAAGAACAAAUGGUUAUGUUGGAUUCUACAGAGACUGGGAGGCGUAUAAAGAAGGCUUUGGAAAUGUAAAAGGAGAUUUCUGGUUGGGCAAUGAGUAUUUGAGCAAACUUACUCAACAGGGAUAUUACAAACUGUGGAUAGAUAUGUGGGACUUUAGUUAUAACCGCCGAUAUGCCAUCUAUAAUACAUUUGUUGUUAAAAACGAACAGUCAGGAUACAAGCUAGAGGUAGCUAAAUACACUGGAAAUGCAGGGGAUUCAUUAAGCAAACAUAAUGGAAAUAAAUUUUCUACAUGGGACAGAGAUAAUGAUACGUAUAGCAAGAACUGUGCCGAGUUGUUUAAAGGAGGAUGGUGGUAUACAAAUUGUCAUCGCUCCAAUCUGAACGGGAGAUAUCUCAUGGGAACACAUAGUAGCUAUGCUGAUGGUGUCAAUUGGUAUGACUGGAAAGGAUACAACUACUCAUUGAAAAAAACACGCAUGAUGAUACGGCGAGUCUAGCAAAUUGUAACAAUAAAUAUACAAAUAGUUA